UAUACAGUAGUAAUAAUGAUGAAUGCAUUUAGGAAAAUGCAAAGGUGGAAAAAGGGAGAGAGCAAUAAGGAUCAUGCUGAGGGACCACCUUCCAGCACAAGGGCAAGUAUCAAGAGAAAGUUCAAUGAAGUUGGAGAUAAUUGUAAUUCUGUUUCAACUAAACUUGGGGGUGUUGCGAAGGACAAGGACAGCGCACCCCACGAAAAUUCAUCCAAGUGCAAAAGUAAACCGACCAAGUUGCCAGAAAAACGUUUACUAGAACUUAUUCUCGACGUGCUGCAAAGGAGGGACACCCAUGAAAUAUUUGCAGAACCAGUUGAUCCCUUUGAGGUCGAAGACUAUUAUGAAAUCAUUAAAGAGCCUAUGGAUUUUGGUACAAUGAGGGCUAAGCUUCAUGAAGGAAUGUAUCAAAAUCUUGAACAGUUUGAGCAUGAUGCAUUUCUGAUUCCAAAAAAUGCGAUGCAUUUCAACGCCUCCGGUACUGUCUAUUUCAGACAGGCUCGUGCUAUAUAUGAACUAGCUAAGAAUGUAUUUCAUGUCCUAAAAACUAAUCCCGGAAACUUAGAAGUGGAAUUUCCGGUGACUAGACGAAGAUCGAUGAGGAGAUUGCAGAAUGAGGCCACGGAUAUAAGACACUCUCGAGAUGUUGUACCAGAUGGUUCCCGUAAUGUUUCUUCCAAAAACAUCAGACUUGGUCCAAGUGUUCCAUCAACAUUUAGGAGAAGCAGCAAAGAAACACCUUCAUUAACCACCAAUGCUACUGCUCCUAUUGACAGUGCAUUCUUGUUAGGUAAUAGACAUGGUCAAAGGUUGUCUUCUCUUGAUGCUGGUCAUCGUUCUACAUAUGAAUCUUUCAGGCCUUCGCCUUACCAUGAGACUAGCUCAUUUAUGUGUAACAAGAAUCCCCAGUUACUAAUUCUUAACAGGAAUGCUAGUUACAGAGAGAGCUUGAUGUCAUUUGCAAAAGAUUUAGGACCAAUAGCACAAAUGGUUGCCAACCGGAAACUGCAAGUGAACCAUUCAUUUCUUCCCUAUCACAUAACUACAAGUCUAAACAAUGCAGUUGAUCAGCCUCCAACGUGCUUGGGAUUCGCUGCCUUUGCUACAGUACAAAGUCAAUCUAAUACUGAAGUAUCAACCUCAUCCCAGAAACCGUCUAGUCCUGUUCGAGGAUUUGGCUCAUUGCUCAAAAGCACCAGUGAUAAGAUUGAUCUGACUAAUGCUGCAAAGGGAGAUGAGACUUGCAAAAUAGCUGGCAUGAGCAGUCAGAAAGACCCCCUUCCUCGUACAGAAAAUUCAGAGAAGAAAAGUACAUCAAUUUUGUGGUACAAAAGGAAUGUUCAUAAAGUAACAGAAGUAGCGGCCAAGAAAACUCAAAAUGGUAGCGAGAGAAGAGAGAAUAAGUUGGGCACUCAGAUCUCUACUAAUGGGACAUCUGGAGAUAUAAAGAAACUUGGCAAAAAAAGUGCUAAGGUGGAAGCAAUCAAAGCUCUGCCAGUUGUACUAGCUCUAGAGCAACCUCGUUCAAGUCUAUCUGAGUUGAAGUGGAGAAACAAGAAGAGUUCCAAUCCCACAUCACGUAUCACACGAUCACAAAACAAGAUUGUAGAGUCCAAUGUCACUGGGACUAUUCCAGAUCAAACCAAAAAUAACGGCUUUGGAUCAAAGCACAAAAACAAAGAAGCUAUUUGUGAUCAAAACAACAAUGUUGGUAGCAGCAGCAACAGAAGUUUUGUUGAGCCAAUGAGCCAAUCUUUGGAGUUGAAACUGAACAACACGAUUCCUGUAGUGCCAUCUCCAGCAAGAGCUAGCUCCAGGUUCAUUUUUGAUAUGCCAUUCUUGAAAGCUCAGCUAAAUAAAAUGAAUCCAGUAGGGAAAAAUGACAUGUCACAGGUAUCAAGAGAUAACAUGGAGAGGUCCUUGUAUGGUCGGGGAAGUUAUAAUAAGAUGGGAAGGGAAGUAAAUCCAUCAGUGUCUCUACAGGACAAACCAAACACUCCGCAGACCAUGCCGUCUUUUAUUUACAAUAAUCAAUCAUCAUACUGUUCAUUAUUAGCUCCAUUAGACACUGACUUGGCCCUUCAGCUCUGAGUUAGCCUGAACAAAUGCUGUUAAUUU